UAUUGUUAUAACUCACAAUGCAAUUUUUUUUAUUAUACUAAUGGAAUCAUAAAGCCAAACCUAAAUUUCAAACAUUUUCAAUAUCUCUAAAAGGAAUACAUGCUGUCUAGCAGUCUGCUUCAUUUCUCUGUCCUUUCAGCCCCUGGAAACCAUUAAUCUACUUUCAACUUUUACAGAUUUGCUCAUUCUGGCUAUUCAUAUACGUGGAAUUCUAUGAAAUGUCUUCCAAUUCACAGGUGCUGUUUUACUUGUGCAUGGCCUUAACAUCCCUGGUGUGCGGUGCAAUGUUUCCAUGUCCACACAAGCUGAUGUCAUGGAAACUGCAAAAGCUUUGGAACCCUUCCUUCUUUAGAGGCUAGUGUGUUUAUUGUCCAUUUAUUAAAUUGCUAAAUGAAUGAGACUAAUAACAGGAAAUGUAUUGAGUCAUGAAACUUUUAAUAAUGCCCCUGGGCAUUCAAUGAUGGCAAGUUCAAUUAGAACCAUUCAAUGAUCAUUUCAAGAUCUUGUGUUUGAUGGAUAAAAACCCCAGAGUUUGCAAGCCUAAGAUAUGCCUAGUGUAGGAUUGUGGUCUGUGAUUUUUGUAUCCUAUGUGUCUAAAGUGUAGGAGAACUGAAUCAUUAAUGGAAGAAUGGAAUAGUUGGUUUCUGUUGUCAGUUUGGGGGAAUUUAUUUUAAACAGGAAUUACAAGAAGAGUGAAUGAAAGAACAUAAUACCACUCUAUGAAUUAGCCAGAUCAUUUCUGGACAGCUGGAGAAUAUCGGUAGUGAAAGCACCCUUUAUUGACACUCCUUCACAUCCUUUUGUGGGUCUGCACCUGGCUACACUGUGACACGGCACUGAACAAGAUUCUUUUCCAGAUCCUCUGGAACACUCAUUAGAUGGGCGCUCUAAACCAAACAAGAGUGACUGAGUUUGUCUUCCUGGGCCUCACUGACAACUGGGUGUUGGAGAUUCUGUUUUUCAUACCGUUUACCAUCACUUACGUGCUGACUCUCCUGGGGAACGCUAUCAUUGUUGCUACCAUCGUCUUUAGCCCACGUCUGCACACUCCCAUGUACUUCUUUCUGAGCAAUCUGUCCUUCAUUGAUAUCUGCCACUCAUCUGUCACCGUGCCCAAGAUGCUGGAGGGUCUGCUCUUGGAGAGGAAGACCAUUUCUUUUGACAACUGCAUCGCACAGCUCUUCUUCCUACAUCUCUUUGCCUGUGCCGAGAUAUUUCUGCUGACAAUUAUGGCGUAUGACCGUUACGUGGCUAUCUGCAUUCCUCUGCACUACCCCACUGUGAUGAACAUGAAGGUCUGUGUACAGCUUGUCGUUGCACUGUGGGUGGGGGGCACCAUUCAUUCGCUGGUGCAGACCUUCUUGACUAUUCGUCUUCCCUACUGUGGCCCGAAUGUUAUCGACAGCUACUUCUGUGAUGUCCCUCCUGUCAUCAAGCUGGCCUGCACAGAUACAUACCUCACGGGGAUUCUGAUCGUGUCCAAUAGUGGAACCAUCUCCCUCACCUGUUUCCUAGCCUUGGUCACUUCCUACACAGUAAUCCUGUUUUCUCUUCGAAAACAGUCGGCAGAAGGUCGUAGGAAAGCCCUGUCCACCUGCUCCUCCCACUUCAUGGUGGUUGCUUUGUUCUUUGGGCCGUGUAUCUUCAUCUACACUCGGCCAGACACCAGCUUCUCCAUUGACAAGGUGGUAUCUGUCUUCUACACAGUGGUCACCCCUUUGCUGAAUCCUCUCAUUUACACCUUGAGGAAUGAGGAGGUGAAGAAUGCCAUGAAGCACCUCAGGCAGAGACGAAUUUGCUCAUGAAAUCAUUGUGACAGCAACAGUCGAGGCUGCAUCCUUAAUGUGGAAGUAACAAGUGGCACUUAAGCACUGAGCCAUCUUUCUAGCCCGGAAAAUUUAUUUUCUUAAUAAAAUAUUCCAAUCAAAAGCUAAACACUUUGAUAAAUUUGCUUCUAACUUUUUUACUUUUGUGGUUGACCCUUUCACACUGGAAUCUGUCUACCUCAAAGUCUCAAAGAUUUUUGGCUGUUUUACUUUACACAUUUUAUAGUUUUAUCUUUAAAUCCUAGCUGUAUGAUCUCUUUGGAGUUUAGUUUCUGUGUGAAAUAAGUAUGU